UGGUCCUCCUCCUGGGGGGCGGGGCCCCCUAUAGAAGCGGACCGGCUCUGGGCCGGUCUGCAGGACUCAGCUGACCCAUGUCCGGAUCACCUGCUCAGUUCAGGACCGGGGAGGAUCCGGGACCGGUCCGGCCCGUGCAGAACGGUCUGGACUCUGAGGAGGACCUGGACGACGAGCUGGACGCGUCCCACCUGGAGAGGUUCAUGCGGGACCGGAGGCGGGCCCGGUCCCUGCCGGCCUACCCGGCCUCGCUCCUGGACGGGGACUCCGGCAGGAAGCGGGUCAAGUUCGCGGACUCUCUGGGUCUGACCCUCAUCAGCGUCAAGCACUUCAGCGCCCAGGAGGAACCUCAGAUCCCCUCCAAGGUCCUGUCCCGGCACCAGAGCUUCCCGCCCCAGCAGCAGGACCUGGGCGACCUGCAGAACCUCCGGUCCGGCCUGGACACGGACCGGCUGGUGGCCUGCUUCCCGGAGCUCCGGGACUCGGACCGGAAGGUCCAGGACCUGCGGGUCUGCCUGGAGAAGGUGCUCAUCACGCAGUUCGAGGUCCGGGGUCAGGUCCGGGUCCUGAGGGGGCUCGCGGUCCGGGAGGUGGGUGUCCGGUACACCUUCAACAGCUGGCUCUCGCACGUGGACGCGCAGGCGCUGCCGGUACCGGGAGAAGAAGCGGCGGGUUCGGAGCCGGGUUCUGUGGGGGACCGGUUCGGGUUCACGGUCUACACCCCGCCCUUCAUGGACCCCAGCUCCAGCGUGGACUUCGCCGUGUUCGUGCGCAGCGACCAGGGCGAGUUCUGGGACAACAACCAGGGCCAGAACUACACGCUCCGGUACCGGAGCAUGCCGGUCCAGAACUUCAGCAACGCCUUCAGCGCCACCUGAGCCGGAGCAGGACCCUCUGGACCCCGAGACCCACAGAAACCUACAAUAACCUGCUGGACCCUCCUAAGGCCUCAUUCCCCCCAAGACCCCAGUCUCCACUAAAACUUAAUUUAAAUCCCAGAACCAAAGAGGAGACCUGGAUCAGCCUCUCGUGACCAGGACAAAGACCUGGAUCAGCCUCUGGUCACCGGGACAAAGACCUGGACCAGUCUCACUGGGACAAAAACCUGGACCAGUCUCUGGUCACCAGCACAAAGACCUGGAUCAGCCUCAUGUGACCAGAACAAAGACCUGGACCAGUCUCUGGUCACUGGGACAAAAACCUGGACCAGUCUCUGGUCACCAGGACAAAGACCUGGAUCCUUUACAGUCCCAGUGAUUGAGUUAAUUAUGAAAUGUACCAGUUAAAUCUUGUUUUUGUUUGUUGUUAAUCACCAACAGGAGCUUUAGUUCUAAACUGAAACUGAAACCUAAGUUCAGUUUGAGCUUUUCACAUCUUUGGACUGGAAACCAACAUGGCCGCCUUGUUUGUAGAUGAACUUUUCGUCUGUUCGCUCUUCGUGUCUCAAUAAAUCAGUCGCACACCUUCGGCUCUUCGACUACCGUUAGUAAACGUGUCGCUGGUGGUGUU